AUGGCCAUGAAUUCAUCUGAUCCGUCGGCGCCUCCACCACUUCCACCAGUUAGCCCGGACGAGAUUUUAUUUGACACACUGUUUAUGGCAAUUUGCGGCGCCUUGGGAGUAAUCUUUGGUGUUGCCGGGGUGUAUGCCGUGAAAAGGAACUCGAUUCUUAAAGGCAUUAUUGAGCACUACGCUUUUGUUGAUUUGCUAAACUUGAUCUUGAUCAAUGGAUGUCAUCUCUUUUGGGGCGUUCCUUGUGCUUUGUGGACAUUAAAUGAAGUGAUCCCAUUUCUCGAUCAUCUCUUCGGCGGUCUAGCUUUCACCGCUCCAUCAAUCGGUUUCCCGCCAAAACUUUGUGGCAGUUUUGCACGCUGGUGUCAAGCAUGUCUUACGCAAUUUUGCUGCGCGAACGUAAACCGAAAAUUUGGGGGUGACAGUGAGCGUCUCCGGAGUGACUCAAUCCACAAAAUCGACUCGUCGAUAAGUUUUCCAACAGGAUCAUCACUUUAUUUGCUAUGUCUGAAAAUGAGUGAGAAUACAACCGAUCCAGCCGAAUACCCGGACUAUGAGCCGCCGGAAGUCGCUCAAGAAGAGAUCCUCUUUGAUAUACUCUUUAUGGCAAUAUUCGGUUUCUUGGGAACUGCGUUCGGCCUAGGUGGAUUUUAUGUGGUGAAAAAGAACUCGAUAUUGAAAGGCAUUAUGGAACACUAUGCUUUUGUCGAUCUCUUGAAUUUAACGAUUAUCAAUGGGUGUCACUUGUUUUGGGCGGUUCCGUGUGCACUUUGGACGGUGAACGAAGCGGUUCCAUUUCUCGACAAUGUCUUUGGUGGGCUUGCUUUCACAGCUCCAUCGAUUAGCUUUCCGCCAAAGCUUUUCCUUGGCAUCAAUCGUUUCACAGCUCUUGCUUUAGAGGGGCGAUUCUAUAAAGCGUUCGAAAAGACAAAGAUCCUUCAGUACAUUUUCAUGAUUGUUUAUCCACUGAUAACUGCGGCAGUCUAUGCAAUUCCUCGGACAAUCAACAAGGAGCCUGGGCGACACCAAGGAGUUGAGUUUGGUGGUUUCGGUACAAUCUUUGGUCUUCUUGGUAUCAUUGUUGUUAAACGGAAUUCCUUUUUGAAAGGUAUUGUUAAACACUAUUUGUUGAUCGAUUUACUCAAUUUGGUGAUUAUAAACGGGUGUCAUUUGUGUUGGGGAGUGCCUUGUGCGAUUUGGAAUCUCAAUGAAAACUUUCCCUUUGUCGACUAUUUCUUCUCAAGUUUAGCCAUGUCAGCACCUUCAAUCGGCUUUCCGCCAAAGGUGCUAGCUGGUUAUAUCUUCUUCCCAGUGAACACAUUCUUUGAUGGAUCGGUUUUUGUGAUGAUGCAUCGACGCAUUCGUGCUUUGCAAGCAGCUCAACAUCAUCCGAAUAGUCAUUUGAGAGCCGAUCAACUGAGGAAAGAGUUCAAAUUGGUUUCACCGAUGCUAGUCAAUCUGAUCAUCGGGAUCUUUUUAACGGUGACGAGCACGAUUGGCGGAUAUUUUGUCGGCACCUCAUCGCUUCUCAGUUUUAUUAUCUACACGGCAGUGUGGCAAGCCUGUACAUUAGCAUAUUGUAUUUCCUAUGUGAUUCUACUCAGAGAUCGAAAGCCGAGUCAUUCUCAAACAGUGAGAGUCUUGAACGUUUCGAAUCUUUCUUCAACGCGGAUCACUCAU